UGGCUCUCUCACUGCCUGGAGACGGACGAUUGCUGCAUAAUUCCGGAUUCGCAGUUCAAGCCAAAAAGGCUGAUGUACGUUGGACUGCCCCACGAGGAUCAGAACGAACUCCGCCUUGUCGAGCCUAAGGACCCGGCAGUCAAUGCUUGCCUAAGUUAUUGUUGGGGCACCGACCUUGACGGUGUGCUAACGACCACCGUCGAGAAUUUCUCGACGCACAUGAAACAGAUUGACGAAGCAGCGCUGCCGAAGUCAGUCUCGGACGCGGUAUUCGUCUGCAGAAACCUUGGAAUCCCGCAUCUCUGGGUAGAUUCGCUCGUAUUGUACAUAACAUCUCCGAGGACUGGGCACAGCAGUCAUCCGCCAUGGGCGAGAUAUAC